CCUCUAUCCCACAAGCAUGCGUAUCAACGAACACGGCCGCUUGGUUGUCAACUUUCGUACAGAAGCCCGUUUUCAUGGGCUCUUUGUCACCGCACACUCAGCUUCUCCCAUGACUUCUAUGGUGAUGUGUGCGGACCACCCUGGCCUGACCUUUAACAUUAGCUUGGUGAGAUCUGAGCCCACCUACAAUCAGCCAGUGCAGCAGUGGACCUUCAUCUCUGACUUUGCUGUGAGAGACUACACAGGCACGUACACGGUGAAACUGGUUCCCUGCACGGCCUCUUUCAAUGUAGAGUACACGUUUCGUCCCGUGUGCCACCCCAGGGACCCAGUUACCUUCGAUCUGGACAUACGCUUCCAGCAGGUCAGUGAUCCGGUCGCAGCAGAGUUCAGUCUGAAUACACAGAUGCUCCUGCUUUCCAAAAGAGCUCUCUGGUUGUCUGACGGCUCCAUGGGCUUCGGUCAGGAAAGUGAUUCUGCUUUCACAGAGGGUGAUAUCAUCUAUGGACGUGUAAUGGUGGAUCCUGUUCAGAAUCUAGGAGACUCGUUUAUCUGUAACAUUGAGAAGGUGUUCCUCUGUACAGGGGCAGAUGGAUACAUUCCAAAAUACAACCCUGACAACUUUGAGUUUGGCUGCUUAGCUGACUCGCCAUCUCUUUUGUACAGGUUUAAAAUCAUUGACAAAGCUCAACCAGAGACUCAAGCAAGAACAUUCGGUAGCAUUAGUUUCAAUGCUUACCUUGCUGUAGAUGAUCCUCAAGCAAUGGCACUGGUGAGGCAGCCAGGCUCUGAUGGUUUUAGACUGGAAUCCACAGCUUUGUUUCAAGUUUUGGCAGGGAGAGAAUGGUACAUUCACGCUAUUUACACUGUCCGAUCCAGAGACAACGCUAACCGAGGCAUUGGGAAGAGGAGCGUAGAAUACCAUUCUUUGACAUACAGCCGACACUCGAUUCCCACCAGCCAAUCACGAUACAGAAGGUCAGCAGACGGCGUGCCAGAUUUGGCUCAGGAUAUUGGUGCAGAGAGAAACCGAGGCACGAACAUCUUGCAUGUAGCACUGGACCGGCGCACCCAAAUACAUCCCGACCUCAAACAGGAAUCGCAAGCCGAUGGUAUUGUUCCCAGAGAACUGAACCACGGGGACAGUAGCGAUAAUCGCCUUGUUUUAAUCAUAGGAAUUUUGGUCGCUGUCCUCUUCACCGUUUUGCUUAUUAUUCUCAUCGUUCUUGUAGUGCGAUCUAGGCAAGAGAAGAACGUUACAGAGUCCCCAAAAAGCUCCAGCAGCACAGAGCCCAUGAUGACACACGUUCCUGAAAGCAACGACAGUUCUGAGGUUUGAUUUUAUUCAAAUCGGUUUGUUUGCAAGUGCCUCUUGUUCAGUUGCUUGGGCACACAAAAGACACAUAGUGACCUGGAGUGGUUGUGCUCUACCUCUCCUUUGGAUUUGUCCAAAAGUGUACUUGAAAUUCAUAUGCACUUCUGUUGUCACUGCUAUUUUAAUUCUCCAUAGUAUCUUGUUGACAUGUAGACAAAGUCUGUUGUAUACUACUACUACUACUACUACUACUACUACUGCUUGGAUGGUAUUGGUAUUCAUCCAAAUGAGAAUUUUAUUUUAUAUCCAAAGGUGCUAGAUGAAAGAAUGGUAUUGUGGGAGAAAAAUUUUAUUGAUGUUUAAUUGUAUAAAUGCAGAUUGUUUUCAAUCGCUGAAGAUUUUUAAUGCUUACUAGUAUUAUAAGGUUGAAAGAAAAUACUACUACUGUAGAUGGAUUAUCCAUUAAUAGUUUUUGUUUAUUUUUGUAUUUUCCACUGCUAAUGUUUCUACUGGGCAGAAGAAAUGAGAAACUCAGAUCCAAAAGCCACUAAAUGCCAACUCCGAUAUUAAUGAUAUUUCAGCAUGUAUUACCCUUAUCAAAUACUUUAGCUUCAAAUCUGCUUAAUCGUAGUGAUGGUCGCUUUCGAAGCACUGCUUCAUGUGGCUUCGAAACUUUUACGAAAUCUUUUGUUUCGAAUCAAGUCACAUGAUUUUAGCAAACAAGGCUUUAUUACGUUAUAACUGUUUCGAAAAGUUUCGAAAAUCCGAUGGUUCACCACUAGGGGGAGUUGAUCACAAAUGACCAGUGUUUAAUAUGGUUAGGUGAACUCGGGUCAGUUUUAUUAUGCAAGUUCAUAAAACAUUUAUCCGAUCUGACUAAUAACACUACCAUUUUGUCUACUUCUUGUUUAUAGACAGAUUUAAUGACAAAAAUAAUUAAAAGGGGAGUUAGUUUUAAUGAUUUGUUUGUCCUAAAUAAAACUUGAAACACAUAAUACACUUUUACUUAUGUCUUAAUUAAGUUAAAUAAUUUUUUUAAACAUAUUAUUAUUAAAAUCUUGUAAAAAAAAUUAUAAAAAAGUGUAACAUGUUUGGACCAAGCGUGCCCCACAAGCCCUGAAAAGUGAAGCUAAAACGUCUCGAUCGCCCCCCAGUGACUGGUCCCAGUAUAGGUCAUAAACCCCGCCUCCCCCAUGUUAUUCAAUGGGACUUGAGUCCAACUAAACAAUUUAAUUACACUUCAAUUAUCUUUUUUCCGAAGCUGAUUUCUGUCGUUUACUGUAUUUUUUAUCACGCUGAUGUAAAUUCAAGUGUUUGUUUUUAAAAUAAGUUUGUUUUUAGUUAAUUAUUUAAUGCUACAAGUAUUAAAACAGUGGUGUCACGUCAUGAUUGACAGCUGUGAUAUGCGUAUUCUGCAAGGGCGGGGCCUUGACUUCGCGGCUUUACUUCCUGCUCACUACUGCGCAGGACUGGUCCCGAAAUCGCUACUGCGCAGACUCAAGACCCAAGAUGUCAGUGCUGUAUCGGGACACUGGCGGCUUUACUUUUCACCAAAUGAAGAGGGCGAACGGGCGUCGUCCAUCUUUUUUUACAGUCUAUGGUUUGGACAGAUCUGCUUUUAAACUAUUUUGACCAGCAGGUGUCGCCAGCGUGUGUGGUGUUUCGAACUGCUUCGAAAAACUGAAUCAAUUUUCGAAGCAAUUGGUUCAAUUGAUUUGAAGCUUCGAAAAGCUUUGUUUCUCCCAUCAAUACUUAAUCUCACCCACAUGCCAUUCAGAAAUACCGAAAUGGCAAUUCUGAUUUUUUUUGUUGCUUUGACAAGAUAAUAUGUCAGAUGCACUUAGAGGGUUGGAUCUGAGCUUUUCAACAGUACUGUAAUACUAAUGUCAAAUGUGUUUUUUGAUAUUAUCAUACAUUUCCAUAAGAAUGAAAUUGUUUUAUUUUUGGCAAAGCAAAAGCACAUUAUUUCUACUGUUUGUGUAUUUUAAGUAUUUAUGAUCACUAUCAAGUUUGCAUGGUUUCCUUUUUUUAUUUACACUUACUGUGUAAAAAUGUAUAAUAUUGUAAAUUCCGAUAAAAUUUGGGAAAAUUGAUCAAAUGACUAUUACUUACACAGAAGAUUUUGGGUGAACGUGGGGGACUGAGUAACCUCAGAAUGACCAACAAAUAUUAUUUUAAAAUA